AUGUCAUCAGGUAAACCAGGCCGUACUAUUCUAGCAUCUUCAGUUUCGAAGACCUAUGUGGAAGAAAUCACCGAGAAGGUGAAUAGCUUAAGGGAUGUGCGUCCCGAGGGUCCUCUAUUAGUUGGAUUUUUGGCUAACAAUGACCCAGCAGCCGAGAUGUAUGCGUCUUGGACACAAAAGACUUGUGAAUCGAUGGGAUUCCGUUACGAACUAAGGAAGAUAGAGGACAAAGACUUUUUAGAAGAAGCGAUCAUCGAUGCCAAUCAGGAUGAUGCGGUUGACGGGAUCAUGAUUUAUUUCCCGGUGUUUGGAAAUGCGCAGGAUCAGUAUUUACAACAGGUGGUAGCGAGGGAGAAAGAUGUAGAAGGCUUGAACCACGUGUACUACCAAAACAUGUACCAUAACAUCAGAUACUUGGACAACGAGAAACAGCUAAAAUCUAUUUUACCAUGUACUCCAUUGGCAGUAGUGAAGAUCUUGGAGUACUUGAAGGUGUACAACAACCUCCUUCCAGAAGGGAACAGACUUUAUGGGAAGAAGUGUGUGGUAGUUAACAGAUCUGAAAUUGUCGGGAGACCAUUGGCAGCUUUAUUGGCCAAUGACGGUGCAGAUGUGUACUCUGUGGACAUAAACAAUAUCCAGAAGUUCACCCGUGGACAAGGCUUGAAAUUUACCAAACAUCAUGUUGAAGAUUUGGGGUCUUACUCUGAUGAUCUAUUAAGAGAGUGCUGUAAAGACGCAGACGUAAUAAUAACCGGUGUACCUGGAGAAAAAUACAAGUUCCCAACGGAAUACAUCAAGGAAGGUGCUAUCUGCAUCAACUUCUCAUCUCACAAAAACUUUGAUGACUCUGUAAAAUCCAAGGCUUCUUUAUAUGUGCCAAGCACCGGCAAGGUUACAAUUUCCAUGUUGUUACGGAACAUGCUAAGACUUGUUGAGAACAGGGAGAAGUUGAGCCAAAUACUAGCCCAGAAAUGA